UUUGGUCCUUUGACUUACUUCCACGUUACCCUGAUAAAACCCUAGUCACCCUCUGAUCCGAAGCUCGCAUAGCUCGCGCGGCUCUUUGCCUGAGCAGCUCGCAAAAAAGCAGCAGAGUCCGACAGUAGGAACGGCAACGGCGGCGGCGCACCAAUGGGGGCCUACAAGUACGUGUCGGAGCUAUGGCGGAAGAAGCAAUCUGAUGUGAUGAGGUUCUUGCAGAGGGUGAGGUGCUGGGAAUACCGCCAGCAUCCUUCCAUCGUCCGUGUCACCCGACCCACUCGCCCCGAUAAGGCCCGCCGAUUGGGCUACAAGGCCAAGCAGGGCUAUGUCAUUUAUCGUGUGCGGGUGAGGCGUGGUGGGAGAAAGAGGCCAGUUCCCAAGGGUAUUGUGUAUGGUAAGCCCACAAACCAGGGUGUUACGCAGCUUAAGUUCCAGCGGAGCAAGCGCUCAGUUGCAGAGGAACGUGCUGGUCGGAAACUGGGAGGCCUCAAGGUUCUCAACUCCUACUGGAUUAAUGAGGACUCAACCUACAAGUAUUAUGAGGUUAUUCUAGUGGAUGCUGCUCACAAGGCCAUCCGCAAUGACCCAAGGAUCAACUGGAUCUGCAAUCCCGUCCACAAGCACAGGGAGCUUCGUGGGCUCACUUCUGCUGGGAAGAAGUACAGAGGGUUGCGUGGGAAAGGGCACCUUCACCACAAGGCCAGGCCUUCUAGGAGGGCUACUUGGAAGAGGAACAAUACCCUCUCUCUCCGUCGUUACCGUUAAUUUUGCUGUGGUUGUGUUUGCUCCCAUGGCUGCUACCUUAGUUUUAGAGUUUUGUAGCUUCCUAGCGAUGAAUGACGUGACCAUGCGUGGUUAUGAUGUUCCCUUGAGACUAUAUGAUUCGAUCUUUCAUGACAUUCAAACUAUUUUUGAUUGCUUGUCAAGUGUUUAUGGUGAACUUGCACCGUAUCAAUGAUUUUGUUUGAAGCAUAUUUGAAAUGCUUGCUGCUUGA